CAAAGUUUUAGCGUAUACCAUUCUACUUUAUGCUUUAUUCGGGAGAGCCAGUUCUCGUUACACUUACUUUAGUUUUUACUCGCCGCCGUCUCUCGUAGAUGUGACGGAAGCCGAUGUAGCGGCGUUUUAUCUAUCACUUGUCGGCGUAGUUUUGUUUAUUGGGCGCUUACCGGAGUGGGACCGUUGUGCUGCUGAGAUGUGUGAUCCUGGAC